AUGGGCGACAAACUUCAUGCUUCAUUGGGUAACGCUUCAACAGCCCCGAAUGUUUCCGCGUCUGUAAAAUCAGGCUCAAGAAUUUCAAAAGACACAAACACAUCAAGGACUUCUAAGCCAGCGACGAAGAGAAAGUUUCACACAAAGUCAAGAAAUGGCUGCAAUACCUGCAAGAAACGUCGUGUCAAAUGUGAUGAAAUGAAACCAGUGUGUAACAAGUGUACACAUAUGGGCAUAGAAUGUACUUAUUCAAAUCCCGCCUUGGGAAAACCAUCGGGGUCUCCCCAACCUCAAGAAAGACGCAACAAUCAAAGCACCUCUGUCGAUUUCAAUUUUGGUAAUAAGAACAAUAAUAACGCUGCUCCUGUUGAUAGUUUCGGCAACUCUGGUGCCAGUUCUUCGGUCACUAAUGCAGCGCUCCAGCUACUUAUUGCCAAUGCAACAAAUACAAUGGCUGCCCAAAACAAUCCACUCUCAACUCUAUUUUCUUCUGGUAAGAAUUCAGUUGACUUGGCCUCCAUUUUAGGCUCAUUAAAUGGUAAUAUCUCUGGUGAUAAUCCCUUGUCAAACCUUUUGGGUGGCAGUUCUUCUUCAAAUGGUUUGUCAGCAACUGACUUACUAUUGUUUCAAAAACAGCAACAACAACAAAUGCAACAGGCACUCCUCCUAAACUUGAUAACCGGUAAUAACUUUAAUGGGAAUAACAGCAGUGGCUCUGAUGACAAUAACAAUAAUAAAAACAAUAGCAGCUCGAACUCUCCUCGUCCAAUCAACACAAUUUCGUCUCUUCUUGGCCUUGGUGCAGGUAAUGGUACUGCUACUCUUGCCAGCAAUCCUUUGGUAUCGACCUUACUUAGCCUGAUUUCGAAUCAUUCUUCUGCUUCAUCAGCUGCGUCAUUACUCAAUUUGGCUAAUUCGAAUGAACUUUACCCCGGAUUAAACACUCUAGCUUCUCAAGCAGAGCAACAACAAAGAAACUCGGCGCCAAUUAGUACACCACAGUCACCAAAUAGUCUCACACAUAAUCUUCCAAUUGAUAGUUUAAUCGAUGAUCCUCCAAGUAUGGCCCCAGACUCUCCCAUCAGCUCCUCACCAAACCUGUCUAUUCGCGAACACAUAGAAGGUGACACGGCAUCUACCAGUCUUUCUUCUUCCCCGAAGAAUUCCCUUCUAGUUAACGACUCUUCUAUGAGCCCUACAAUUUCCGGAAGUCUCAAUACAAAAGACCUUAGAUUGAUGUAUCACUACACUACCGUAGUGUGGCCCACAAUUACUGCUGCGGGAAUUUCAGAGGAAAAACUUUGGAGCGAAUACAUUCCUCAAUUGUCAUUUGAGCAUCCAUUUCUCAUGCAUUCUAUCCUUGCGUUUAGUGCUACUCAUUUGUCGAGAACAGAGCAGGGUCUUGAUGAGUGCGUUACGUACCAUCGUGGUGAAUCGCUCAGGUUGCUUCGAGAUGCAGUUUUAGAAAUCUCUCUUGAAAAUACUGACGCUUUAGUUGCUAGCGCUAUCAUUUUGAUUAUGGACUCUUUAGCUAAUGCUUCAUUGCCUUCAUCUCCCUCCCCAAAAUCCUUACCCGCGUCAGCUUGGAUUUAUCAUGUUAAGGGCGCUGCGACCAUAUUGACCGCAGUGUGGCCACUAAACAAGACUUCGAAAUUCCAUAAAUUCAUCUCUGUGGACCUUAGCGAUUUGGGUGAUAUUAUUAAUAGCCCAGAGAAACUUGCAUCAAGUGAUAAGACCUACCUGGAUUUGGAGUGUUUUGACGAAUCUAUCGGUGAUCUUUAUCCAGUGGAAUAUACCUCGCCAUAUCUUAUAACACUUGCGUAUCUUAACAAACUACACAACGAACGUUACAAAUCAGAUUUCAUUCUCCGAAUUUUUGCAUUUCCAGCUCUUUUGGAUAAAACAUUUCUUGCCCUCCUUAUGACUGGUGAUAUUGCAGCAAUGCGAAUUAUGAGAGUUUAUUACUCAAUGUUGAGAGAAUUCACUAAUGAGAUGCGUGAUAAAGUAUGGUUUCUUGAAGGCGUUUGUAAAGUGCUACCUGCAGAUGUGGACGAAUACUCCGGUGGUGGUGGUAUGCAUAUGAUGUUGGACUUCUUGGGGGGUGGUUUGCCAAGCUUAACUACUGUUAAUUUGUCAAAUGAAUUCACCUCUAACUUGGACUUUAUGGGUAAUUAA